AUGGGGGAUUGGAAUUUAUUAGGGAGUAUUUUAGAGGAGGUCCACAUUCAUUCCACUAUUGUGGGGAAGAUCUGGCUCACCAUCCUCUUCAUUUUCCGAAUGCUUGUGCUCGGGGUUGCGGCUGAGGACGUUUGGGAUGACGAGCAGAGUGAGUUUGUUUGCAACACAGAGCAACCUGGUUGCAAGAAUGUCUGCUACGACCAGGCUUUCCCCAUCUCUCUUAUCCGCUACUGGGUCCUGCAGAUCAUCUUUGUGUCCUCUCCGUCUCUGGUCUACAUGGGGCAUGCAUUGUACCGUUUGAGAACCCUUGAGAAGGAGAGGCACAAGAAGAAAGCCUUUCUGAAAGCUGAGCUGGAGGGGACAGACCCCAUCCAGGAGGACCAUAAGAGAAUCGAGCGAGAGCUCAGGAAACUAGAUGAACAGAAGAAAGUAAGGAAGGCUCCCCUCAGAGGCUCCCUCCUGCGCACAUAUGUUUUCCAUAUCUUAACCAGAUCUGUGGUGGAGGUGGGUUUCAUUAUAGGUCAGUGUGCUCUGUAUGGCAUUGGACUGUCUCCUUUGUACAAAUGUGAGCGGCUUCCUUGCCCCAACAGUGUCGACUGUUUUGUGUCCCGGCCAACUGAGAAGAACAUUUUCAUGGUUUUCAUGCUGGUUAUAGCUGGGGUUUCUUUAUUCCUCAACCUCCUGGAGAUUUUCCAUCUGGGGGUGAAGAAGAUUAAACAGAGCUUGUAUGGAUACAAAUAUGGAGAUGAUGACAGUGUGUACAGGUCAAAGAAAAACUCCAUGGUGCAGCAGGUUUGUGUGCUCACUAACUCCUCACCACAGAGGUUGAUACAGCUCACACAGAUGGCCUGCUCUGUUGUGUCUGAUGCUCGUGGUGAGAAUUUGGCCCCAGUGGCCCCUCAGAAUCAGGAAGCCUCUAACAGCUCCAACCAGCAGACGUACCUGCCGAGCCAUGUGGACAUCCAAGGCCUACAGCAGCUGGGGUCUGGGGAUCAGAGCUACGCUCUGGACUACAGAAAGCCCUCGUGCAGCAGUGAUGAGUCGAAUGGACCUCACGGCUCGGGCCAGCCGCAGUACGCAGGACCUCGACCCACACUGAUCGCCUGCCACAUGGAGAUCCCAGCGGCCCUGAGAAACCCGCAGAGGAAGCAGAGCAGAGUGAGUGUUUGUAAGGAGCUCAGUGACAUGAGUGAUUCUCCGGACAGUGACCACUUCCCAACUGCCAGGAAAUGCAGUUUUAUGUCCCGAGGACUGUCGGAGGGGAAGCUGGCCACUCCGUCUGACAGCGCAGAUUCUCAGAGUGGAACAGACGUCGAGGCCCAGCACCUCAACCAGGGAGAGAGUCCAGUGACGACCCCCCCGCCUCCAGCCGGCGGGAGGAGGAUGUCCAUGGUGAGAAAACAAAAUGUCAUGUUUUAUCUGGAGCCCCUAAAGCAAUGUCUCUUCUUGGCUAUCUGA